AUGAGUCCACCUUGCAAAUACAUCGAAUUCUGGUCUGGCGAGAGGCAGAACGAGAGCCAUAAGGGUGUAGUUCCGACAAGCUUCGAUCAACCCCCCGCGAUGCAGACAUUCACACGAGAUCCUGUUGGAAUUGAGGAGUUGCCUUUCGCGACGGAGCUGGACAAGGUAAACGGUUCUACCCGACCAGGACCAGGACAAGGAAACACGUACAUUGCUCCAAGCGAGAACACCCGCAAGAGGAAGUACGUACAGGACAACGAUCAUUUGGUGACUACCAAGAUGCAGAAAGUGAGCCACAAUGUUGUUGUCUUUCCAACCCAUGCUCCACGAGAGAACACCCUCAAGAGGAAGUACGUGCAGGACAACGAUCAAUUGGAAAGUCGUAAAAGGCAGAAAGUGAGCCACGCCUUUGUCUUUCCAGCAACUGUUCCACACGAGAACACAAGCCAGAGGAAGAUACAGGACACCAAUCUCUUGGAAAGCCGGAAAAAGCAGAAAGUGCACCUCACCUUUGCCUCUACAGUCGUAGUUCGGACACCAAUGGUGAUGACGGACCUCCAAAAGAAACGCAAACAAAGGAUGGCAAAAAACAAGCAAAGAAUGGCACUCAUGACAGGAUUCAAACCCAGGACAUGGAAGAAUGAGAUGGAAUUGUUCGAAGAGCAGUGGUUGCAGAAGAGACAGCUUUGUGCGAAGACAGACGGUCCCACGCAACCAGUAGAACCAGAGCAGUACACUGCUCCUGACUGUGAGCUCACCACCUCGCUUCCUCCUCCUCCUGUUGAUGCUGUUGUUGACAGUGUUGUUGUUGCUGUUGUUGACAGUGUUGUUGCUGUUGUUGACAGUGUUGUGGCUGGAGAAGCAGACGACGACAGUUCUCACAAUACGGAAGACGAAGUAGAAGCAACAGUGCCAGAAGAAGCGACAACCGUGCCAGAGGAAGCCGCUACACUGCAUUGGCGGCUGCCCGUGCAGCAGCAGCAGCAGCAGCGGCGGCGGGGAAACCAACAAGUAACAAAUGCUAGAGGCCAGGAACAGGGACCAGGAACAGAGUUUCCCUCCAAUUUUGCAUUAGCAGAUGACGCCAACGUUGAGGAUGAUACCUUCCUCAUAACUGGAUCUCAAGCGGAAACGGGUCGCGCGGCAGGCGAAGGCUGCGACCAGGAUGGCGCAGAGACCAUCUCUUUAUUUUGGCCCGGCGAGGCAAGGGGCUAUGCUUUCGGCGGAAAGAUAGCUUGGAUAGUGUCGGACAAUCGAUCCCUUUUUGUCCAACCAUCCAACCAUCCAACCGUCCAACCAUCCAACCAUCCAACCAUCCAACAAUCCAACCAUCCAACCAUCCAAUCGUCCAACCAUCCAACAAUCCAAUCAUCCAAUCGUCCACAAAGAUAG